GACGCUCUUGGCUUCCUGAGCGGGCCGUAUGGGCGAGCGGAAAUGACGCAAGUUCCGUGUGUCGCCAGUAUGGCCGAGCUAUGGCGGCGGGAGCAGGCUACGUGCGGCUGUGGGGCGCGGCGCGGUCUUGGGCGCUCAGGCGGCCGAUGCUGGCCGCCACCGCCUGGGGGCGGGUCCCGGCUAUAGCUGAAGCAUGGUUGCCCAGAGGCUGGCGAGCCUGCGACUCCUCUCUUCCUUGGGCGCUGUGGGGCCGAGGCCCGGCGACUGCGGGCCAGUGGCGGGGGUUUUGGGAGGCUAACAGCCGUGGCGGUGGCGCAUUCUCAGGGGGCGAAGACGCCUCUGAGGGUGGCGGAGAGGAAGGGGCCGGGGGCGCAGGGGCCACUGCGGGCGGCGGGGAAGGUCCGGUUAUAACGGCGCUCACGCCCAUGACGAUCCCCGAUGUGUUCCCGCACCUGCCGCUCAUCGCCAUCACCCGCAACCCGGUGUUCCCGCGCUUUAUCAAGAUUAUCGAGGUUAAAAAUAAGAAGUUGGUUGAGCUGCUAAGAAGGAAAGUUCGUCUUGCCCAGCCUUACGUCGGCGUCUUUCUAAAGAAAGAUGACAACAAUGAGUCUGAUGUCGUGGAAAGCCUCGAUGAGAUCUACCACACAGGGACAUUCGCCCAGAUCCAUGAGAUGCAGGACCUUGGAGAUAAAUUACGCAUGAUUGUUAUGGGACAUAGAAGGGUUCACAUCAACAGACAGUUAGAGGUGGAGCCAGAGGAGGCAGAGGUCGAGAAUAAACAGAAGCCCAGGAGGAAGCUGAAGCGAGGCAAGAAGGAAGCGGAAGAAGACCUGAGUGUGAGGCACCCAUUAGAGAUGACGAUGGAGCCUGCCUCUGAUGGCCCUGGGGAGGUGCUCAUGGUGGAAGUUGAGAAUGUUGUCCAUGAAGACUUCCAGGUCACAGAGGAAGUAAAAGCCCUGACCGCUGAGAUCGUGAAGACCAUCCGAGACAUCAUUGCCUUGAACCCUCUCUACAGGGAGUCUGUACUACAGAUGAUGCAGGCUGGCCAGCGGGUAGUGGACAACCCCAUCUACCUGAGUGACAUGGGUGCUGCACUCACUGGAGCUGAAUCCCAUGAGCUGCAGGACGUCCUGGAGGAGACCAAUAUCCCCAAGCGGCUGUAUAAGGCGCUCUCCCUACUGAAGAAAGAAUUUGAGCUCAGCAAGCUACAGCAGCGCCUGGGCCGGGAGGUAGAGGAGAAGAUCAAGCAGACCCACCGCAAGUACCUGCUGCAGGAGCAGCUGAAGAUCAUCAAGAAGGAGCUGGGCCUGGAGAAAGAGGACAAGGAUGCCAUUGAGGAGAAGUUCCGUGAGCGGCUCAAGGAGCUUGUGGUGCCCAAGCAUGUGAUGGAUGUUGUGGAUGAGGAGCUGAGCAAGCUGGGCCUGUUGGACAACCAUUCCUCAGAGUUCAACGUCACCCGCAACUACUUGGACUGGCUCACGUCCAUCCCGUGGGGCAAAUACAGUGAUGAGAACCUGGACUUGGUGCGGGCGCAGGAGGUGCUGGAGGAGGACCACUAUGGCAUGGAGGACGUCAAGAAGCGCAUCCUGGAGUUCAUCGCUGUCAGCCAGCUCCGAGGUUCCACCCAGGGCAAGAUCCUCUGCUUCUAUGGCCCCCCUGGCGUGGGCAAGACCAGCAUUGCCCGCUCCAUUGCCCGCGCCCUGAACCGCGAGUACUUCCGCUUCAGCGUUGGGGGCAUGACUGAUGUGGCUGAGAUCAAGGGCCACAGGCGGACCUAUGUGGGAGCUAUGCCUGGAAAGAUCAUCCAGUGCUUGAAGAAGACAAAGACAGAGAACCCCCUGAUCCUGAUAGACGAGGUUGACAAGAUCGGCCGGGGCUAUCAAGGGGACCCUUCAUCAGCACUGCUUGAACUGCUGGACCCAGAGCAGAACGCCAAUUUCCUGGACCACUACCUAGAUGUGCCUGUGGACUUGUCUAAGGUGCUGUUCAUCUGCACAGCCAAUGUCACUGAGACCAUCCCAGAGCCGCUGAGGGACAGGAUGGAGAUGAUCAAUGUGUCUGGCUAUGUGGCCCAGGAGAAGCUGGCCAUUGCAGAGCGCUACCUGGUGCCCCAAGCCCGUGCCCUGUGUGGCCUGGAUGAAAGCAAGGCCAAGCUGUCAUCAGACGUUCUGACACUCCUCAUCAAGCAGUACUGCCGGGAGAGUGGUGUCCGCAACCUGCAGAAGCAGGUGGAGAAGGUGUUACGGAAGUCAGCAUAUAAGAUUGUCAGUGGUGAGGCCAAGUCUGUGGAGGUGACGCCUGAGAACCUGCAGGACUUUGUAGGGAAACCCAUCUUCACAGUGGAGCGCAUGUAUGAUGUGACACCACCUGGUGUGGUCAUGGGGCUGGCCUGGACUGCCAUGGGAGGCUCCACGUUGUUUGUGGAGACAUCCCCAAGGCGGCCACGGGACAAAGACCCCAAAGGUGACAAGGAUGGCAGCCUGGAGGUGACAGGCCAGCUGGGUGAGGUGAUGAAGGAAAGUGCCCGCAUUGCCUACACCUUUGCCAGGGCCUUUCUGAUGCAGCACGAUCCCUCCAACGACUACCUGGUGACCUCACACAUCCACUUACACGUACCUGAGGGCGCCACCCCCAAGGAUGGCCCUAGUGCUGGCUGCACCAUCGUUACAGCCCUGCUGUCACUGGCCAUGGACCGACCUGUCCGGCAGAACCUGGCCAUGACUGGUGAGGUCUCCCUCACAGGCAAGAUCCUGCCUGUUGGUGGCAUCAAGGAGAAGACCAUUGCAGCCAAACGUGCUGGGGUGACAUGCAUUGUACUGCCAGCUGAGAACAAGAAGGACUUCUAUGAUCUGGCCGCUUUUAUCACCGAGGGCCUGGAGGUGCACUUUGUGGAGCACUACCGCAGUAUCUUUGACAUCGCCUUCCCUGAGGAGGAGGCUGAGGCCCUGGCUGUGGAGCGGUGACAACUAGCUGGCCCAGCCUGAGAUGAACACUGCAUAGGCGGAGGGGUGGCCAGGCCUGGCAUAUGAGCCACCAGAGGCUCAACCAAGUGGCCUGGAUUUAGCCAAGGGACCUCAAUUAUGGCUUAAUCAGAGUCUGAUACCUAUGAGAUAUUUAAUUAUGAUUAAAUCAUUUCCAGUA